GUGAGGUAUAUGUGACCCCGUGUGCGCGCGCGCGAAUGAGGCGAGAGAAAGAGAGAAAGAGAGAGAGGCUACAACUUUGGCGUGGAAAGACACCGACUCACAUCUGCGAAGUACCGACUGCUAAAACUUUUCCUCUCCGCCGAAAUAAGAAAGCAAGACAACAACCCCGAGGGACUGUAGAGCUGUGUGACCACCCCAUCUGUGAAAGUAAAACUCCACUUACAUCAACCCUAAUUUACAGCUGGGCUGCUACUGUCAGACCGGGUUGGAGGACACUCAACUGCAACUGCUGCUGCUGCUGCUGCUGGUGUGUUUUGUGUGGUGUGGACUUUCUCACAUUGCGGUGGACACACACACACACACACACAUACAUACACAUACAGGAGCUUGCAUGUCCUGGUACUCCUCCCCCCAGCCCCCCACCUCUCUCCCUCUCUCUCUCACACACACACACUCUUUCUCUCUCUUUCCCUGGCACAUACACACACACACACACACACAAACACACACACUCUCAGAGGGAGAGGCAGUGUGUGAGUGGUGGAUCCUGUGGUGUGGAGUGUACUGAAGAGAGGAGAAGAGAGGAGCGGAGCAGCAGACUCUACCAUGCCAGUGCAGGGAGGAAGGCUGAAGCGCUGUCUCUCUCUCUGUCCCUGGAGCCGGAGUCCUCUGCUGUUGCUCGGACUGUUUUCUCUUCACGCGCAAGCACACGGCAACAUAUUGGACAGUAUGCUGCUAAGAGCAUCCAGUAAGGAGGCAGUGGAGAGUGGGAAGGAGACUAGCGGCAGCACAGCUCCUGCUUUGUCCUCCCAAAGACUACUGUGGUGUCACUGCUAUCACCACUGCCCGGAGGAUUCAACCAACAACACAUGCAGGACGGAUGGCUACUGUUUUACCAUGGUGGAGGAGGACGGAGGGGUACCAGUUCAGACUGCAGGUUGCCUGGGGCUGGUUGGGUCAGAGUUUCAGUGCAGGGACACAGGGAACUCACGUCAGAGGAGAUCACUAGAAUGCUGUACGGACCAAGAUUACUGUAACAAAAACCUGCAUCCUACACUGCCCCCGCUCAAACCACCUCUCUAUGUAGAUGGAAAGAUCCACCACAUGGCCUUGUUGAUCUCAGUCACCGUUUGCAGCAUUAUAUUGGCUAUCAUUCUUGUCUUUUGCUACUUCAGGUAUAAGCGCCAGGAGUCUCGUCCUCGGUAUAGUAUUGGCCUGGAGCAGGAGGAGACCUACAUUCCCCCUGGAGAAUCUCUGAAGGACCUGAUAGAGCAGUCACAAAGCUCUGGCUCAGGCUCAGGGCUCCCUCUAUUGGUCCAGAGAACGAUAGCCAAGCAAAUUCAGAUGGUGAAGCAGAUUGGCAAGGGGAGGUAUGGAGAGGUGUGGAUGGGCAGGUGGAGGGGAGAAAAAGUGGCUGUUAAAGUUUUCUUCACCACUGAGGAGGCCAGCUGGUUCAGAGAGACUGAAAUCUACCAGACUGUCUUAAUGAGACACGAGAACAUACUGGGUUUUAUAGCUGCAGAUAUAAAAGGAACUGGCUCUUGGACCCAACUCUACCUAAUCACGGACUACCAUGAAAAUGGCUCUUUGUAUGACUACCUCAAAUCAACCACUCUGGACAAUAAAGCCAUGCUGCGACUGGCCUACUCAUCUGUAUCAGGACUGUGUCACCUUCACACGGAGAUCUUUGGCACCCAGGGCAAACCUGCCAUUGCUCACAGGGAUCUUAAGAGUAAGAACAUACUAGUGAAAAGAAAUGGGACCUGCUGUAUAGCUGACCUAGGACUUGCAGUCAAGUUUAUCAGUGACACAAAUGAGGUAGACAUCCCUCCUAACACUAGAGUCGGUACCAAACGCUACAUGCCUCCAGAGGUUCUGGACGAGACUCUGAACAGAAGUCAUUUUCAGUCAUACAUCAUGGCUGACAUGUACAGCUUUGGGCUCAUUCUCUGGGAGAUCGCCCGGCGUUGUGUCUCAGGAGGGAUCCUUGAGGAGUACCAGUUGCCAUACCAUGAGUUAGUUCCGACAGACCCUUCAUAUGAAGACAUGAGAGAGGUGGUCUGCAUCAAGAGACUACGACCAUCCUUUCCUAAUCGAUGGACCAGUGAUGAGUGUUUGAGACAGAUGGGGAAACUGAUGACAGAAUGCUGGGCCCACAACCCAGCCUCCCGCCUCACAGCCCUUCGGGUCAAAAAGACACUUGCCAAGAUGUCAGAGUCACAGGAUAUCAAGCUGUGAGCAGCCAUCGCCAGGUGUGUUUACACACAUAGAAAGGGCACUAACAAUUACACUGGUACUGGUCCAGGCCGCACAAACCUUUUUUCUGGGAAAAGGAGGUGGGACAGGAAGCAAGAAGAUCACUUUGGAGAUCACAAACUUUGAGUCCAGAUGCCCAGAACUCUGCAACCCAAGUCCCCUUUGAAAAAACAGGAUUUCAGGACCAUGGUGGUUUACUAAAAUUUAAAUUAAUGAAGAAUGAUCAGGUCCUGUGUGGCCAUGUUCUGUCCAUCAGAGAUGAUGAGACAAUCUCAUUUCAGACUAGUUUGAGGACUCUAAAACCAGAUAUAGGUUCCUGUUCACAUGCUCCAAAGGCUUUGGAGAAAGAGAUUGAAUUUGACUUGGCACUGUAGCUGCAGAGAUACACAAACAGGCUACUGACCAGUGAGUGGAAUACUAUCUAAUAUCACUGCUUUCUGUGAAAGCUACCGUACCUGUAGAUGAAGGUCUGAUUGACAGAACUGAAGGGAUGUGCUUAAAGGCAAUCUGUUAUUGCAGCAUGACACCUCCUUUCAAAACACUGUCACCCCACUACUGGAUUUAUAUUGCAAUUGGAUUGAAAACAUUUCCGUCACUCAUAAAUUGACUGUUUUUCGUCACAAGGACUGACACUAUGUGACAGGAAAAAGAAAGUUAUUUUGAGGCUUUAAACAUUUUGUUUACGCUGGUAACGUUUGUAGACACUGAAGAAAAAGUAUACCUGUAUUUUUGAGUUGUGGUGGGUAUGAAAGUUGCAAAAGUGUAUUUUCCAUGUAAAACUCAAACUCUUUAAGACUAUAUGUGAAAAAAAUAAAAAUUUAUGUGUCCAAAUAAAUUCUGGAUUGAGGCUCUAAAGGCCUCUGUGUUUCCUUGCGCUCGAAUGGAACUAUUAAAAAGAACCUGAGUGAGGAGAUUGUGAUUGGGUGAUUGAUGAAGCAGAACGGUGCCAUCCAUAGGUGUACAACAGCAAUUACAGGAAAGGAAGUCUGCCAAGGCAAUCAGAAACUGUUGUACACUAACUGUUGUGGUGACUUCUUACUUGACAAUGUAGUGAUCUAUUAUAAAUGUGUGGGAUUGUGACUGUGUUAGUUUAGGGGCACCACAAUUCGUUCAUGGGGGAUUUCUAUCAUCUAGUCAUUCCCAUUAAUAUAGAGUGGCUCCCAUAACUAGGCAGAUGAUGGAUAUGUGUAUUUUAGGCAACUGGACCAGAAGCUUUCACUUAAGAUUUAACAGUUAAACACACAGUAUUGUUGAAAAACUGACUGGUCCUUAAAAAAAAAAAACAAACAAACAAAAAAAAAAAAAAACACAAAAACACCAUUCCCAAACUAUCACACCUCCAGAAUUACUCAGUAGACAUCACAAGGUCACAUUUGCCUCGUACAUGUAAAAUUAAAGUACGUGUUGAACUGAUUCACCAAAAUUAAAUUCAAUUCAAUUCACCAAUUGCAGCUGUCACACUUAAUUCAAAUGGCACUUGAGUCAUUUACAAAAUCCAUCAUCUAGCUUCUAUCAAGUGAGUCUCUCCAUGAAUUCAAAUUCUUAUGUAGUUGCAGUAAGGUAUUGGGAAGCUUAACUAGCCUUACUGCCUCAGUAUGAAAUGGUUCUCCAGGUAAAUCUGGACACUUUUCAUCAUCACAGUUAGCAGACUUUCCCACACUGCCAUCUGCCAUUACGGCAGUGCCAGUUGAGAUUUCCCUCAAAUGGCACUAGCUGACUCAUUUUUAGUGUUUGCAGUCCAUUUGUGAAAUCCUUGAUAAAUUUUCCUUCAAAGGUCGAUGAGUUUCUUUCUUGGUCUCUGCAAACUAAAAUUGUGGGGUGCUAGUCACCAUAGGAGGUUUGGGUGUGACAAAUUUGUUGUGAUAUAAAUGCCCUUUCUUUCCUCUUGGGUGUUGUGCCUUAUUUAAUCUGUACCUACUGUAGUUGUCUGUGAGAGGAAGUGGUGUUUUUAUUCAGUAAAAAGGUUGAACAUUCCCCCAAUAAAGUGUUUCACUCA